GAUGGGAAACUGUCAACCUUCAGAACGUCCUUCUCCUUCAGCUGGAGGGAGCAUGGCAGUGAGCCAAGGAGACGGGACCCUCUGCUUUGUCCUCCUGCUGUGCUGUUGGCAAGAAACUGAGCUCCGGCCGAGAACUGUGAUUCCAGGAGGCCAGACCUGAAAGGAAGCCAAGGCAAUAAAAUAAUCAAAGAUGGAGGGUGAGGAAUUUGAUCAGAUAUCAAGGGUGACCAGGCCAAGACUGGGGGAUUUCCACUAAAAGACUUCACAGGAUUCCUACUAAACAUGGGGAAAAGCAGACAAAAGCAGAAGCUAGGGUCAAGGCCUAGUCAAAGAGAAGACUCAGAGGAGCCUGGCAUGAGGUCUCGAGGUUCCCAAAGUUCCUGGAUCUGCCAGCAAAUGACCUUCUUCACUCACCUGUGGGAUGGGGACCCGGUGAGCCAGGUAGCAGGUUCACCUACUGAAAUACCAUUCAGUUCAAAACAGGAGGAUAUGUCUGAAUUAUUAGAUGAAAUUCUGGUCCAGGAGAUUUUGGAUCUGAAUAAAACAACACCGAGUGAAAUGCCAAGUACAGCAACAACAUUAUCAACACCGAUACAUGCUGGUAUUGAUGAGAAUUAUCAAGCUGGUGGUUCUGAGAAUUAUCAUGAAUUAUUAGAGAAUUUACAAUUCUCUCCUGGCAUUGAGGACAAAAUUUCCAAUGACGAAGCCAAUGCUAAUGCAAAUCUCCAUGGCGAUCCUUCUGAGAAUUAUCGUGGGCCACAGGUGUCUCCUGGCAGUGAGAAGAGUGUUUCCAGUAAAGAAAAGAAUUCAAAGAACACUCAGUAUGAAAAUCUAUCCAUUCUGGACCAAAUCCUUCAAAAUAUUGGAAGAUCUUCAGGAAACAUUUUCCGUAAAGAGCAGCAGAGGACCAGCGCACAGAGGAGGAGCCAAGGCAGUCAGUGAGGCCGCAGCCCCAGAGCCCCUGCGCAGGAGAGGAGCCUGCUAGAACCGCCACCCACCAGCCUCCGGAACAGGGCACUUGUGUGCACACGCCCACGUUCUCUGAACCAUUCCGCAUAAAGGAAAAUCAUUUAUUCACACGA